AAUCUAUAUAUAUCUUCUCGUUCCUUUCCCUUUCUUGGGAAAAAAUGCUUUUUUCUUCCCACCACACCUGCCUGGAUUGAACACCCGCCCAUCAUGAAUCGCACCGUCACCCCCACCGACUCUGUCUUUCCCUCCGAUGCGGCCCUCCUCGAUGCGUUCAUUCCUGGCUAUUCUAUGGUUUCGGGCCUCUUGAGGACAUAUUUACAAGUGGAUCUCUCCGCCUAUCUGCCAUUUCUCGCCCUCUCAGCCGUCGUAGUCUUCUCAGCCAACUACCUAGUCAUGCGGUUCUGGUACCUCAUCGAAGAAUACUGUGUAUCGACGGCGGAGAUCCGGAUGGACGACGAAAUCUCCAAGCACGUUUUGUUCUGGGUCGCACAGCAGCCGCUCACCAAGAAAAUGCACCACUUCAUCGCUGCCACGCGCAUAUCGCCCGGCAUGUACUUUUACGACGACAUGGAUGGCGAGCGCGAUGGCGAAGACGCAUGGAAUGAGCAGGACGAGAUGGACGAGAAUGGCAACGUGCUGGACGAUUUUGAUGAGUACUGGGCCAGGACGAAGACGCGCGACCGGUUCAAACGACUGCGGUUCACGCCCGCCGCGGGCCGCCAUUACUUCUGGUUCCGUGGACACCUGCUCUGGUUCAACCGUGUGCGUGAGGACAAUAACCCAAACGCCGGCUUCUUCAUGCUCAACCCCGAGCGCCUCUACAUUUCGUGCUUCGGCCGCAACCCGGCCGUUCUCAAGGAGCUGCUGGCCGAAGCCCAGCACGCCUACGUCGGUCGCGAUAGCAAAAACACCGUCAUCUACCGCGCCCAGCGCGAUCGCUCCCUCACCGUCGACUGGGUCCGCUGCAUGGCUCGCGCCCCGCGCCCGCUCUCCACCGUUGUUCUCGACGCCGCCCAGAAGCAGGCUUUCGUCAACGACAUCAAGGAGUACCUCCACCCGCGUACCCGCCGCUGGUACUCCAACCGCGGCAUCCCCUACCGCCGGGGCUACCUACUGCACGGCCCCCCCGGCACCGGCAAGACCAGUCUCAGCUUCGCCGCCGCGGGGCUCCUCGGCCUCGAGAUGUACCUACUCAACCUCAGCUCCAAGACCCUCACCGAAGACGACCUGAUGGGUCUCUUCCACGGACUCCCCCGUCGCUGCAUCGUCCUCCUCGAAGACGUCGACUGCGCCGGUAUCACCCACCAGCGCGAUCCCGACAGCAGCUCCCCCGCCAAAGAUGCCCCCGACGCGGCCUCAUCGGACCCCGCAACCGUCACCGAUACUCCGGCCGCCGCCAAAGACGCCAGCGACACCAAAGACCAAAAGGGCGUCUCCCUCUCGGGCCUCCUCAACGUCAUCGACGGCGUCGCCGCCUCCGAAGGCCGCAUCCUCAUCAUGACUACCAACCACAUCGACAAACUUGACUCCGCGCUCCUCCGCCCUGGCCGCGUCGACAUGUCCAUCGAAUUCGGCUACUCCGCUGCUGCUGACAUUCGCGACCUCUUCGAAUCUAUGUACACCGCGCGCGAGGAAGACUUCCACUCUGCGGCCCUUAAGUCAAAACACUCGGUGGAAAAGACAAUCUCUACUACCUCUUCCUCUACCACCACCGACAAGAACAAUACCACCAACGAUAACAACAACAAGAAAAAGAAAACAGACCCCCUCAGCCGCUUCUCACCAACCGAAAUUCGCUCCCUAGCAGCUAAAUUCGCGGACGCAGUCCCCGCAGGCGAGAUCUCCGCCGCUGAGAUCCAGGGCCACUUGCUGAACUAUAAGACUGCGCCGGACGUGGCCGUCGCUGAAGCAGCGAAGUGGGUGCGCGGUGUCAAGGCUGGUCGGAGAGCUCAGACGACCUCCUCGUCGGGGGGUGUGUCUGCCUGAGGCUCCCGCUUGUCGGAUGCCUCUUUGUCUCUCUGUGAUGAUGAGGCCAGGAGCCUGAGGCUCUCAUACAUGCGUAUGCGUAUUUGCAUACAUGUGGCAUGCGAUUUACGUGCGCACGUGCGUGCGUAUAUUACAGGAGUAGGUACGUAUGUAUGUAUGUAUGUACGUACCUCGGCUUGUUUCGGUUCUUGGAGAUGACGAAGAUGGCAUGGCUUUCUUGCAUUUCUUGCAAUUCUUUUCUUUGUUUCUUCUUUUAUUUGCUGCAUACAUACAUACGUGAUUGCAUACAUGCAUGCAGACAUACGCACACACGUGGUCCCUGAAAGACGCUGACGACGACGAUGACGAUGACGCACUUACUUACUCACUUACAUUUACUCACCUUCGGUGGUCGUUUCCUUUGAUAGAUAAUCUCCCCUAUUGGGCUUGUUUCGGUCAAUACUAAUUCCAUUUAUCACAUUGUGUUGUGGUGUGCUGCGUUGCGUUGCGUUUAUUAUCUCGGGUUUGGUCCUGGUUCUGGACUGGAUUGCUGUGGUGAUAGAUGUGUGUACUGAGUCAUAUUAUGGUAUUGUGUAUUGAAUAAUAGUGCUGUGUGAAUCCCACAUUACUGUAUGGA